AUGAACACGCUGAAGAGAAUCGGCGAAAGUAUUGUUAGGCCCAUGAAUACGCUAGGUCGUUCGAGGCAUACGAAGCCAACUGACGAAUCCUCCGACAAACGGCAGAAAACCGAGGCUGAGCCCGAACGUCCCCUCCACAAGUCGCCGUUCUUUCCACCGACCCCCCAACCGAAGAUCCCUUCCUCCGUCUACUCUGCCUCGCAAGAUGACCCGCACGAGAUCCAAAGUGUUUCAAGUGUCGGGAAGAGCUCUACAGUCGCAGCCACUGUUCAAGAAUUCCGCACAACCAACACCAAGAGUCGAAGCCGUCCGUACCGAGUCCGAAAAAGUCGACAAAUGAGCAAGGAGGAUCUCACGACAGGCGGACUCAAAAGCCCGACGAGCCGUUCAGUCUAUUCGGACAGCCCAGAUGUCCUUUCUAUAGCCGAAAUCCCACCGGCGAACGUGGUGUCUGACCUGCUAGGAAACCAACCUAAUGGGAAGCGAAGUCGGCCAACUGGAAUCACCGAACCCCCGGUCAAACGACCCAGAAUAAGCGCUGAUCAAGAACCCAUCGAGGUUAUGUCUGAAGACGAGCUACAGGCUCCCUCCAAUAAUAACACCAUGGAUGCGAAGAAGAAGACCAAUUUUACGAGUUUUGACGAGAGGAAGCCUGUGCGAACUACGAACAAAGGUGACAUCCGAUCUACAAAGUUUCAGUCUGCGAAUUCUUCGGUUAGCAAAAUCCAGAAAGAAGAGUCUGCAAUACACUUGAAAAGCGCCGUUUCAGGCAACUUCACGUGGGAAGCCAAGCAAGAUCAAGUACACAGGUUUUUCUUAAGUGAUUCAGGAAAUGAAAGAUCGUUCAAAUUUCAGCUCGGGGAGGAAAAGGACGAAGUGCAAUGGCUUCAGUUGAACUUCGAGAAAUUCCUCAAACUUGAAUAUGCUGAACCAAUCAGCCGCUUUGCGAUCGUAGCAAGGUCUCUUUGCCCAAGUCAACCUCCAAAGCUUUACCUUGAGUUUGAAGAUACUCAAAGUUGCCAACGAUUCAUUCAUCAGCUCCCCCGGAAAGAAAUAGAACUGAUAAUAGAUGAAGAAGAUCCGUUAAAGCCAGAAAAAGCGUUCAAGCAUGCGCGUAAACAGGCUGAUAAGAACAAUGCUUCAGAGAGCAAUAGUUCGACCACCAAAUCAUCAAGAGAGAGACAGCACUUUGUGGUCGAGAUUUCAGCUCAAUCACCAGUACGCCGGUUUAUAGAGGAAGCGAAACCGGUGCAACGAGAGAAACUUACAGACAAACUUGCGCGCUCUGUUAAGGAAUCCAAUAAGACUCCAAAUAGAUCCAGUGCAUUCGGCAUUGAAUCUAUCUCGCCAGAUGAGACUCUCUCCCCGUCAUAUCGGAUAAGAAGGCGCGCAACAAGACAGUCUUCCCCCAUUUUCCCCCCAGAAUUCUUUGAUCGUUGGACCACGAAAAAUCCUAGUUGGAGAGAGACGUGGACCAAGUCUCUUGUGUAUCCCCCCACUGGCAAGAACCGGACUACAGUAGAUGCUGACGACAUCCCGAGAUUGGACGAGGGCGAGUUCCUCAAUGACAACAUCAUCACUUUUUAUCUGCGCUAUCUCCAGGUUAAACUUGAAGCCGAGUGCUCUUCAAUGCUAAAGAAGGUACAUAUUUUCAGUAGCUUCUUUUUUGAGACGCUGAAAUCUGCAAAGAAAUACGAGGGCGUAAAAAGUUGGACGGCUAAGAUUGAUCUAUUCUCGUAUGACUACAUUGUAGUCCCUGUCAACGAGCAUGCACAUUGGUACUUGGCCAUUAUUUGCAAUCCUGGAAUGACUUUACCUGCCGAAAAGAGGCCCCGAAUAAAUGCUCCGCAAAGAGACAAUGAUCUUGGCGAAGACUCAACAAGGGAUUCGACUCAGAUGCCAAGUGUCGAACGUGGUGUUGAAUCUAUCUCGCUUGAGGAUAUUGCAUCUCUCCCUCCAACCGCGGAAAUUGCAGAUGAAACAACCGAUCUCUCAGAACCAGCACUUGCGGCAGGAAAAAAGAAAUCACGGAAGUCAACUUCUAAUAUCAACCAAAAACUCGACCCCUCUGAGCCAAGAAUCAUCACGCUCGACUCUCUGGGGAAAGCGCACUCGCCCACUUGCAAAAUUCUCAAAGAAUAUCUUGGGGAAGAGGCCAAAGACAAAAAGGGCGUGGAACUGAGCGCCAGUCCUCCCGGCAUGACUGGGAAAGGCAUUCCUGAACAAGACAACUUCUGUGACUGUGGUGUUUUUGUGCUUGGAUACAUGGAGGCCUUUCUACAAGAUCCAGAUGAGGCGUAUCGCAAGCUACUCCACAAAGAGCGUGUUGACUGGAAUAUCAACCCUGCGAACUUAAGGAAUCAAAUCAGAGACCUUAUUUUUGCGUUGCAAAAAAAGCAACAAGAGCAGAUAAACCGGGAGAGAGAAGCGAAACGGGUUGCCUGGCGGGAGAAGAAAGGCUCAAUGACACCAAGUCAAUCAUCUCGACCUACCACUCAACGUACUUCAUCUCAAAGUCCGCUGGUUGGACAGCCGGCAUCCGAAAACCCAAAGGUUGUGUCAUCUCCGGGGUUUCCUCCCCCGCUCAUGUUAAACGGUACCUCAAACGGCCCGGUGAGGCAACAAAUAGCCUCCUCCCCAGCAAAAAUCGAACGGCUAGAGACAUCCGAGGUCGAAGUCACUCGACACCGGUUUGUUAAACCGCUGCCAGACAGCUCGAGUGAUGCUCUAGUAGAGAGUCCAAGCCGUCGGAACUCGAGUGCUUCUCCAACCAAAAUCAAGCAACCCAAGUUAUCAGAUCUUGCGAAAAAGGCUCCGCUCAAAUUCGUUAGCCCCCUCACAGACAGCUCCACGGAUACCAUGAAAGGCAAAAACCAGCCAUCCGUUUCUCCAAACGCUGUCUCCCACAGCGCCCAACGGAUCGAACAAAAUGGGAAUUUAUGCAAACCAGGGAGUCAAACCCUAGUCGAGGAGCCUGUUCAGAUAUCGGUAGAGGCAAGUGACGGCGAGGAAGCAAAUUCCCCGUCUCAUGAGAGGCAUCGAAAGAAGAAGAAAAGAAAGAAGACUCAUAGUCAUGAGUCUUCCCACGCUGGUAUCAAAGAAGUCCUUGUGGGGGACGCGGCCCCGGAGCACCCACAAUACGACGGCAUUAACCGUUCCACUGGUCCGAUAUAA